UCGACAUUGCCUCACUCUCCUCAGUCGGAGGGAGGCAUGCAUUAGCCGUCCCGUUGACUUACUCGUACCUCCUAGAAGGGCAAAUCGCCUUUCCCUCCUCCCCCCAUCAGGCUUUUGCUCGUGGUCUUGUGGCGGAGUCGAAGCGCGCGAGGAGGGCGGGGCGGAUAUCGCCUGGUUGUGUGUGUGUCUGUAUAAGCCUUACCCUGAGGCUUUCAAAUUCUCUGUAAUGAUCACAGGGAAAUAACUGGACAGGAUACGGGUGUGUGUGUGUGUGUGUUAAAUAGUCCCAAAUCUGGGAAUCGAAGAACAAUCUGAAGACCUUUCAAAGAGGUCCUCGUUGUAACUUCUGCCUCCCUCCCUCCCGGUUAUAUUUCUGCAUCUCUGAUUAACACGCUUCUCUAAUCGAGAGGGAGGGUUGGAUUCUCCUCCACAUCUUUCUAAAUCUGAAGUCCUGCUCAGGAGAAGCAGACGGAAAGAUCACCCAGAUAUUGGUGAUGCCAACUUCAGCCUUAAGGUCCAGUUCUGAGGCAGAAGAAACACCCAAGAAGUUUUUCUUAAUAGUUUGAAUGCUUAGAACUUAAGAUUCUUUCCCCCCCUUUUUUUUCUGUCCUCUUUCUUGGAGGGAGCAAGAAUAUUAGACCCCCUCACCAAAUUACUUGAGACUUCUGAGCAGAAGAAUACAAUUCACAUGAAAACUUAAUUCUUUUGAAGGCUCUGUGACCAAACAACUCUUGAAGAGCCAAAGGCACUGAGAGGACUUGAUUACUUCAAAGGGGGUGGUAAAGGGUGGGGGGGGGAGAGAAGGUUCCCAAAAUACCAGUUUACACGGAGAGAUAUUCAAGUAACAGACACUGGGUUUGCUGCUUUUUCUACUCUCCACAUCUGACAUUCCUUUCAAAGUCCGUGGGAUUAAAGAUGUGUAGCUCCGUUGCUCCCAAGCUCUGGUUUUUAACAGAUCGUCGUAUCAGGGAAGACUACCCUCAGCAAGAAAUCUUGAGGGCACUCAAAGCCAAGUGUUGUGAAGAAGACCUGGACUUCCGGGCCUUGGUGAUGGAUGAAGUGGUCUUAACCAUUGAACAAGGAAACCUGGGUCUUCGAGUCAAUGGGGAGCUCAUCACUGCUUACCCACAGGUUGUGGUGGUUCGUGUGCCAACACCAUGGGUUCAAAGUGACAGUGACAUUACAGUUCUUCGUCAUCUGGAGAAGAUGGGUUGCCGACUGAUGAAUCGUCCUCAAGCCAUACUCAAUUGUGUCAAUAAGUUUUGGACUUUUCAAGAAUUGGCUGGCCAUGGUGUGCCUCUUCCAGAUACCUUUUCAUAUGGUGGUCAUGAGAAUUUUUCCAAAAUGAUUGAUGAAGCAGAAGCUUUGGAGUUUCCUAUGGUUGUGAAGAACACACGUGGUCAUAGAGGUAAAGCCGUGUUUUUGGCAAGAGACAAGCACCAUUUGGCAGACUUGAGCCACCUAAUUCGUCACGAGGCACCUUAUGUAUUCCAAAAGUAUAUCCAGGAGUCCCAUGGCAAAGAUGUGCGUGUGAUCGUGGUGGGAGGCCGUGUAGUGGGAACUAUGUUGCGCUGUUCAACAGAUGGUAGAAUGCAGAGCAAUUGCUCACUUGGUGGCAUAGGCAUGAUGUGCUCACUGAGUGAACAAGGCAAACAGCUGGCAAUCCAGGUGUCUAACAUCUUGGGGAUGGAUGUAUGUGGCAUCGACCUGCUGAUGAAGGAUGAUGGCUCGUUCUACGUCUGUGAGGCCAAUGCAAAUGUAGGUUUCAUUGCCUUUGACAAGGCUUGUAAUCUAGAUGUAGCUGGGAUCAUAGCAGACUAUGCUGCUUCCCUUCUUCCCCCCGGUCGCUUGACACGACGCAUGUCCUUGCUCUCUGUGGUAUCCACGGCUAGCGAGACUAGCGAGCCAGAGCUGGGCCCUCCAGCUAGCGCCACUGUCGACAAUAUGAGUGCCAGCUCCAGCUCUGUCGACAGCGACCCUGAAACCACAGAGAGAGAGUUGCUCACCAAGCUCCCGGGGGGUAUAUUCAAUAUGAACCAGCUAAUAGCCAAUGAGAUUAAGCUCCUGGUGGAGUGAGGCCACAUGUAAAUAAAUAUGACUGAUUUUCCUGUACAUUUUUAAACAACCAACUUGUAGUGCUGUUUAUCAGAAGCAGCUAAUGGAGGUGAGGGGAAGGGUUUUAGCUUGGGGAUCAAAUACGCAUGUUCUAUAAAUGCUGCUUUUGCUACAUAUUAAUAUUGCAAAACAUAUGUUUAGUUGGUAUUUUUGACAGCCACUUUUCAGUUGGGAAUACUCAAUUAAAAAUCUGCAUUUUUGGGGAGUGUGGCAGGGGAAACGUGAACACUUUUUAUUUCUGUUAGGGAUGCCACUGUGAUAUUUAAAUAUAUCGCAGAGCAUGUGUUUCAAUUUUGAAAAGUUUACCUUUCCCAAACAGCUGUGAACUUAUAGAUCUGCAACCAUCCCCUCACCUCACUGGUGCUCAUCCCAAUUGGUUACUUUAAUGCCCUUUGCUUUAUAUCCUGUAGGAACUGAAAGAAAUUAGGUCAGCCAAUUUGUUUCAUUCAGAGAUUCUAAAUACAGCCCUUCCCAUCUAACACUAAUAAGAUCUGUGAACUUGCAUCCCUGACAGACAGCCCAUAAUGGUCUCGCAAGGUCAACUUACCAGGAUGCAACAUUUGUUCAGUAUAAGCUUUUGAAACAAACAUGCAACUUCUGCCAUUUCAGUAUUACUAGAUGGGUUCAUGUCCAUGCAUUUAUAUUAAAAGCAACUUUCCUUGGGAAACAGGUUUUAGUGUAUGUGUGGAUUUUAAUAAUAAUUUUAAAUCCUGAGUUGGUGGUGGUAGUGAAGAAGUGUAUAAAUUUCAUUAUUGCUCUUUGCUGGCAGAAGUGGCAUGUUUCCUUUUGCAGAAAAGGCAAAGAUAAACAGCACUGUUAACUUCUGGUGUACAAAAUAAUGUUUAACCCAGUGUGAAAAAGAAUAACACUAGUUUAAAACAAAUGUGCAUUGACUUGUAUUUGUUAGUGUUUUAGUCAUUUUUACAAAAUUUUUGCUAUGCUAAUACUUCAUUUUCAAUACAUGCUCGUCCAACA